CUGAUAAGUCUAAAUCAGAGUAGACUAAGUACCAUGAUAAACAAGCUCUGUCAGAAAAAACGCAAACAACUUUUUUUCUAUUUUUUAAAAUAUUAAAUAUUUGUCAUGAAUGAUUUUAAAUCCCAUAACCACCAUAAAAGUAGCAAGAUUCUUGAGAUAGUUUGUUGAAAAGUUGAAAAUAUUCAGGCCUCUGUCAAUCUGCCCUCAGGAUCACAAACAUUUGCCCUCUCGCCUCGGCAAGUCAAGUCCGUACGAGAAUGAAUCAGCUGAGCGAAAGCUUGAAUGAGCCUGAGCAGCGAGGGAAAAGGGAAGAGGCUUUUCCCCUGGGGCAGAGUCCAGGACAAUGUCAGGUACCACAUCUGCAGCUCACCAGAGACAUGAACUGAGCCGACGGUGGAAAGCGAUUGUUUCGUGAGGAAGCCUGAGAUCCAACGUUGAAAACAUGAGGUUACACAGGAGCCCUGGAUCAGUCCUCUCGCUGGGCUUCAUCGCCUGCAUUUGUGCCUUUUCCACGACCACAGCCAUCGAUAUCCCGCUGGAUAUUCUAGGUCAUGUAAACAUUGAGCAGCUGCCCACCAUCACAGAGCAGUCGCCCGGCUCCCUCAUCGCCUUCCCUUUCGACGAGAGCUUCCCCGUGACGUGUGAAGCCAAAGGGAAUCCUCAGCCUGUAUUCCGAUGGGUGAAGAAUGGCCAGGAAUUUGAUCCCUUUCUGGACCCCAGACUGGUGACAGAGGAGAAUUCGGGAACCUUUGUGAUACCUAAUAAUGGGAACCUCACAGAGUACCAAGGAACCUAUCGCUGCUACGCCUCAAACAAACUGGGGACCGCCAUAUCAGGGGAGAUUGAGUUCAUUGUCCCCAAUGUACCCAAGUUUCCUAAAGAGACGCUUGAUCCUGUCGUGGUCGAAGAAGGUCAGCCUUUCACCCUGAAAUGUGACCCACCGAAAGGGAUUCCUCCACUGCAGAUCUACUGGAUGACCAUCAAUCUGCAGCACAUAGAACAGGAUGAGCGAGUGUCGAUGGGCUUGAAUGGGGACUUGUACUUCUCUCAUGCCAUUGAGAAAGACAGCAGAAGGGACUACUGUUGCUUCGCCGCCUUCCCAAGAAUACGCACCAUCGUUCAGAAGACGGCAAUGUCUGUCAUCGUCAAGACAAAAAAAAGUGACAUGAGUCGAGAAAAUGCCAAUGCAAUCCUGGACAGGAGACCCACUUUCCUGACGCCCACUGGUGACAAGUCGCAGUUACUGCUGGUCAAAGGAGACGUUUUGAAGAUGGAGUGCAUUGCUGAGGGGUUUCCCACCCCCCAGGUGGAGUGGGUGAAGAUAGGUGGCCAGCUGCCACCUAAAGCCAGAACGGAGAGCCAUGGGAAGCUGCUGAUUGUACCGACUGUGGAGGAGGACGACAUGGGCAAAUACAUGUGCAAGGCCAAGAACCCACUGGGGGAGGUGUUGCACUACUUCACAGUGACGGUGGAAGAACCUCCGGAGUGGCUGUUGGAGCCAGAGAGUCAGCUCAGUAUGAUCGGAUCAGACGUGCUCAUCAAAUGCUCCGCCAGGGGGCUUCCUAAGCCCAGGAUCACAUGGAGAAUCAACGGGGUUCCUCUGCGGGAUGCCAGAGCAGCGAACAUGAAGACGUUUGACGACACCAUCGUUCUGCACAACGUCAAACAGUCGGACAGCGCCGUGUUUCAGUGCGAAGCCUCCAACAGACACGGGACUAUCCUGUCCAAUGCCAACAUCAUGAUUAUGAAUCUUCCGCCGAUGAUUCUGACCAAAGAGGGGGAGGAGUACGCGGCUGUCGAGGGCAAAGGGCUGCUGAUGCACUGUCAGGUCUUCAGCUCUCCACCCUCUGCUGUCGCCUGGAGUAAAGACGAGUCCUCAGAAUCUUUAGGGGGCCCUCGGUUUUCAGUUCACGACAAUGGCUCGCUGGAAAUCUACAGCGUUGCAAAAGACGACGUAGGACAGUACACAUGCUAUGCCGAAAACACAGUGGGCAGGUCUGCCAUUGAUGCUGUGCUUGCGGUGAAAGAUCCCACUAGAAUAGUGCUGCCCCCCGAGGACCUGCAGAUCUUAAUAGGUAGCACGGCCCAGCUCUCAUGCCUGGCAGAGUACGACAAGUCCUUCAGCGAUGACUUUCAGCUCCUGUGGGAGAAAGAUGGCGUGGAGAUCGCCUUCAACUACACUGAGAAUCCCAGAUACUUUGUGGAGGAUGGAAUUCUGCAGAUUUCCAAUACAAGUCACCAGGAUCAGGGCGUGUACACGUGCGUUGCAAGAAGUCCACUGGACCAGGACACGGUGUCUGUUCUGCUCAUGGUGUUAGAUGUCCCCGAUGCUCCAGAGGACCUGGUGCUGUCCGAACACAAGAGCAGGAGUGUGAAACUGAAAUGGAUCCCGGGAGACGACCACAACAGCUCAACAACGGAGUUCAUUAUUGAAUAUGAGGAGAGCCAGUGGGAGCCGGGGAACUGGAAGGAGCUCCAGAGAGUGCCGGGAAAUCACGCCUCGGCUGUCCUCAAACUCUACGGACACGUCGACUAUCGCUUUCGCGUGUCGGGGGUUAACGGCGUGGGACGAGGUCCGGCCAGCGAGCCCACACAGAGAUACAAAACUCCACCAACAGCGCCCGACAAGAACCCUGAAAACAUCAGAAUUGAAGGGCAUUUACCUCACGAAAUGGAUAUCAACUGGGAGCCGCUGCCACUCAUCGAACACAAUGGCCCAGGUCUGGAGUACAAGGUGAGCUACAGGCGGCAGGAUGUGGAGGGCGACUGGAAGGAGCACACAGUGAAGAGGCACUCAUUUGUGGUGAAGAACACGCCGACGUUUGUGCCCUACGAGAUCAAGGUGCAAGCCAGGAACCAUCAGGGCUGGGCCCCUGAGCCCAGGAUCGUGUCUGGCUUCUCAGGGGAGGAUUCUCUCUUCUGGAUUUGCCCUCAAGAGGUCACAGGAGUUCCCUCUGCUGCGCCGGACGAUGUGGCUGUAGAGGUGAUGAACAGCUCAGUGGUCAAGGUGAGCUGGAAACGUGUACCGAAGGAUAAGCUGCACGGACAUCUGGGAGGCUACAGGAUAAGCUGGUGGCACCUCCGCAGUCUGUUGGACUCGAAGAAAACCCACGGGGACAAACAGACUUUAACAUUCCCGGGGGACCGCAACCAUGCUGUGGUACCGGGACUCACACCCUUCUCAGAGUACAUCCUCAUCGUCAUGACCUUCAACGGUCGGGGCAACGGGCCGGGCAGCCAUCCUGUCAACUUCAAAACCCCGGAGGGAGUUCCCGAGAAAAAUCCCGUGUUCAAGGCCGCAGACGUACAAAAGCACACCAUCUCUUUGGUUUGGAGUCCACCAGUGCAGCCUAAUGGGGCCCUCACCGGAUAUCUGCUGGAGUAUCAGCUGAUCAACGACACAGAGGAAGUGGGGCCGCUGCAGACCAUCGACAUCAGCAACCCCGACACCCUCAAGUGGACGCUGCGUGACUUGGAGCCGGUGAGCAAAUACAAGGUCUCACUACGCUCGUGCACGGCGGUGGGCUGCGGACCAGUGGUGAGCGAGGAGUACACCACCACCCUCGAAGCACCGUCCACUUUGGCUCCCACUGUUGGCCUCAGCCAGUCAGCAUUCCCCUCACUUCCAAGCACAAAGUCCCCUGCGAUCAAACGCACUCGUCCCACCAUAGGUCGGGCCAGCAUCCACGGAGGAAUAUCCACCCAGAGCUGGUUCAUCGGCCUGAUGUGUGCCAUCGCUCUCCUCACACUCAUUGUGUUGAUCGCCUGCUUUGUCAACAGGAAUAAAGGCGGCAAGUAUUCCGUGAAAGAAAAAGAAGACCUUCAUCCAGACGUGGAGUCCCAGGGUAUGAAUGACGACACAUUUUGCGAAUACAGCGACAACGAUGAGAAGCCGCUGAAGGGGAGCCAGCGCUCGCUGAGCAGGGAGAUCAAAGCAGGCGACAGCGGCGACAGCCUGGUGGACUACGGCGAGGAGGACGCUCAGUUCAACGAGGACGGCUCCUUUAUCGGCGAGUACGCCGGCAAGAAGGAGAAGCGAGUGUCCAGCGAGAUCAAAGCCAACGCUCAGACGCCGGCGUGAGGACCCAAUCCAUCUCUCUCUGUGGACACCGUUUUCAUUAAAGGUGGCGGGAAGGAACUUGAACGCACUGAGCACACAUUUUGUGUCAAAUGUAAUGUGUCAUUGCCAACUGCCACCUUCAUUUUAUACAGCGACGGAGCGCCCAUUACUAAAUCUCUGUAUAUAAAGUGUAUAUCUCGCCUCUCUUAAUCAUUUCACAGAAUAUUUAGAAGUUUUUGCGUAUAUAUUUCCAUUAUCCAGUCUGACGUGCAGCUUUGCGUUGCAUUUUUAGCGCCAUCUUGUAGCUGACUACAAACACACAGGGACGUUUUUCACUCAAGCUUAUAUAUUAAUGACGUUUUAUAUGGAAAAAAAAAAACAUUGGCUUUGAUGUAAGAUGUGUAUAAAGGUUGCUUAUUAACUUAUUCUUGUUCUCAGUGGUUUUCUACCCCAUUACAAGGACAUAUCGUCAACAUGGAGGGAUAUCGUUGAAUCAUUCAGCUCGAUCAGCGUCUGCGUCAGUUCCUUUUCAGAUUGAAAUACGACUUUAUAAUCCAUUACAGGUUCAUCUUCGCACUUGAUCCUGUUUAACCCCAUUCACUGUGGCACUAAAAAUCGCAAAUUGCUCUUCAAGGUUUUACGCCGUUUGUUCCGAUCACGAUUUUGAAUGGACUCAUUUACAUCAAAGUACAGCUUCGAAUUAAGGAAAGACUCGAGUGGUUCUGUAUUUUAUACUGGAAUAAAGUGCUUAACCAAAUUUUUAUUACGUCUAACCUGAAUCCCACUUUCUCAAAAAUGCAAGUGACUCAACCGUUGCAGUGCGUUAUGGGACUCAAUCAUAUUCCCAGUAUGCUCGUGCUGAUUUUUUUUUUUUUUUUUCAUUUUACAAGCCACAUAAAGACAAGCAGCUACAAAAGUUUAUUUGGACACCGUGCACUGACUGCGUCAGACUCACCUGCUGUUAUUCACAAGGUGUUAAUGCUCUGAACCAGUGUCCUCAUGGUGCUCUCUGCUUUAGAAUAUUUGGCUUUGAACUGUUUAUUGAAACCUUGCUACAUUUUUUAAAAGGGCAGCGCCACAUAUUGAGAUCUGAAAAAGAGCAAAUACUAUAGAGGAGUCGACAAGGUUUCAUGACACAGCGUGGUAAUAUUCGGGGCUCAGUAGGUGGCGCUCUUGGUUUUAAAAUGAUCUGAGGUUUCAUUGAACUAGUCGUUCACCAGAACUUAGUGCAGUGUUUCAUGAAACCUCAUCAACCCAUGUUACAAUACCACCAUGGCUUUUGUGUGGCAACACAGACUUGCACAAGUCAACAACUCAAAAGUCCAUGCAAAUUAAGAAUAAAGAUUUGUACUUUAAUUCUGUUGGUCACCAACCUAACCCCAUUUUUAAAACUCAAUAAGACAAAAGCGAGUCAGAGUUUGUCGAAAGCUUGCGAAAGUUUCUCAUUUCUUUUCCAAGUCUCUCCCAGUUAUGUCCACACUCAGUUCACUUGUCACCUGAGGAGUCGGCCAUCAGGUGUCCUCCUCACUCUUCCCGGUCUUCUCAAAAUGAUUUGCCUGUAUUGGAUUAUGGACUUGUUUAUAUUUACCUUGACACCCCCCCCAUGCUGAGAUACAAAAUGUUGUUGUCUGUGUUGCACCAGAGAGCCUUACUCGCAUGUUCAAAGGGUGAAUUGGUGUCCUGUUGAUGUCAUUAAAUUGCUUUACU